AUGUUCUGUAAGAUUGUCAUCGUGUGUGCAUCAUUGGCGCUAGUUCAUGGUGGAAACUUAGGUUUAGGUCAUGGCGGCUAUCCUGUAUCGCCAUAUAACCAAGUAGCACCAAUAGGGUCAUUGGCAUAUGGAAAUGCCCAAGCAAAUGUGGGCUGGAGUCCUUCUGGUCUGCCCCAAGUCGCACGUUUAGGAUAUGAGAGUGUAGCACAUGCUGGUUCCUUGGCUUAUCCAAGCCCCAUUGGCAGUAUUAGUCAAUUAGGUCAUGCUGCAUUACCAGCUCAUUCUGGUCUCUUAAACCAUGCCAGUCCCUUAGCACACGCUGGUCACCUGAACUACAACAGUCCCUUAGCUUAUAGCGGUUCCAUAGGUCAUGUCGGUCUCGCCCCUCAUGCUGGAUCCCUUGCUCAUUCUGCCCCUUUAAAUCAUGGCCCUAUUGUUCAUGCUACUUCAACUAAUAAUAUAGUAUCAUCAUCUCACUCAUCUCCUCUGGGUUACGGCGCUUAUGCAGGACACUAUGGUCAUGGCAAUAGCUACCACUCACACCCAAAAUACCAGUACUCGUAUUCUGUGGCGGAUCCCCAUACAGGAGACCACAAAUCUCAGCAUGAGGUUCGCGACGGCGACGUUGUCAAGGGCGGAUACUCCCUCCUCCAACCUGAUGGAUCCUUCAGGAAAGUUUCCUACUCUGCUGAUGACCAUAAUGGCUUCAACGCCGUAGUUCACAACUCCGGACCAAGUCAUCAUGUCUACUCCGCUCAAUAUCAUCAUUAUUGA